AGGAUGUUCGGACUUUGAAUGUCAUCGCUGCUGCAGAGGGAGUUACAUGCUUGGUCAUAGACAGGGAGACCUUCAAAGACAUCAUUGAUGGGUUGGUAUUUGACUGCAGUCAAGACGUGCUGCAAAGCCAUGAAUCCAAAAUCGAGUCUGACAUGGAUCCCGAUCUCUUCUCGUCUUCCACCUUAAGUGAUUUCCAGAUUAUCGGCGCUCUAGCCGUUGGGGAGUUUGGUCACGUAGACCUGGUGCAACUGAAGAGCAACAGCAAGUGUUUUUACGCCAUGAGGGUCCUUAAGAAGAAGCUGAUCCUCAACAACGGUCAACGAGAGCACAUUCUGAGAGAGGGGCGCAUCCUAAUGGAGGCUCAUUGUCCAUUCAUAACCAGGCUACAUAAAACCUUUAGCGAUGCCGAGUGUCUGUACGUUUUGACAGAAGCUUGUCUUGGUGGAGAUUUAUGCAGUCUACUCAAAGAUAAAGGAUGUUUUGACGAAUGCAGCACCAGGUUCUUCACGGCUUGCGUUGUUGAGGCCUUGACCUUUCUUCACUGUCGAAGUGUCGUCUAUAGAGACCUCAAGCCUGAAAAUGUAGUCCUGGAUCAGCAUGGUUAUGCCAAACUGAUUGGUUCCAGAUGUGUGAAGAAGGUUGAGGUGGGUAAGAAAACGUGGACGUUCUGCGGUACACCGGGCUACAUGGCACCUGAAAUCAUCCUGAACAAAGGCCACAGUGUAUCUGCAGACUUCUGGUCACUGGGCGUUUUUGUGUUUGAACUUCUGAGUGGUGGGCUCCCAUUCUGCGACUCUGACCCGAUGAAGAUUCUCACUGCAACCAUUCGAGGCAUCGAUCAAAUCGACUUCCCAAAAACCAUCAGCAAAAGUGCCUCCAAUGUUAUAAAGAAACUGUGCAGGAGCAAUCCCUCGGAGCGACUGGGCGGUCAGAGGAACGGGGCCAAGGCCGUUCAGAAGCACAAGUGGUUUGAAGGAUUCAACUGGGACGGACUCUGUAAAGGCACAUUAAACCCACCGGUGAUUCCCAAAGUGAAGGAGCCUUUGGAGAGCAGAACAUGUGAUCGUUACACGGAGGGCUCGGUGGAUCUGUGCACAGACUGGGAGGAUUUCUGAACGGGAAUUUAAAAAAAACAUGUCUGACAAUACUUUAUCACUUUCAGGUUUAGUUCUCGUAAAUAUUUCACAGCCCUUUGUCUGAUUAUUGCCAUCAAGAAUUAAUUCUAUUUUUUAGACAGAGAAAUAUUUUCCACAGUACAGUGACUGUAGAUAUUGUUUGAUAAAUGAACCAUGCUGCCUACUGUGUUGAGCUCAGACUGUUUUUGAUGUACAAUCCCUUCUCUAUAGAUUUAUAAAUAUGAGAGUUUAGUGAUGUCACCGUGAUGUCACUGCUGUUGAAUGUAACUCAAUAAAACAAAUAGACUGUC